UUACCCUUUUGACGAUUAGUAUAGACGGCGACGGCCUGGUGCCUUCUGUAUACUCUACUUCUAAUCAACUACACCAUACAAUACUUGACAAUCCCCGAUGUACCCCGCGUACUACUACCACUGGCCCGCCGCCCACAGGCGCAACCCGCACGUCCAAGCGCAGCGGUACAUCCCGCACGUCCACUACGCGUCCGACGUUCGCCCAGAGGGCAAGUACACGACCAGACAGCCCUUCAGCCAGCUCAAUUAUAGCGGCACGGAGCAGGCCCAGCACGACCCAUCGAAGCCGGACACGCUUCAUACGCCGAGGCAUACGCGACAGAUGCUACCUCAACGCCCCGCGCUGCACCAUCUUGCGCCGCCGCCGGUUCUUCCGCGCAGACCGGUGCCGCUCCCUUCAGAUACUCCUGCGCCUUCUGUGUAUGCUUAUGCGACCCCCUACGUUCACGAGCGUGCGCCGACCGCUAGCGCUUCCCAGCAGGCUUCAUCACGUUGCCCUGAAUCGGUGGCUUCGAAUGCGCAGAGCGCCCCCCUUGUGAACGCGUCGCCCGUCGCGCCGCCGGCGCGACCGGUGUACGGCACGCCACCCAUCUGGAGCUGGAAAAGAAACAGGUGGGAAGGCGAUUUGACCUAUGAGGCGCAGCCGUUGUCUGUACCGAAUUCGUCUUCUCCACCGGCUGUGGCGCAAAGUACGAAUCCGUCAGUUGCGGUUCCGACUACGGGGCCGACGCCGCCAGUCUAUCAGCAAUCGCAGUCCGCCCAGUACCAAGCCCCUACAUCUGCCCAGCCUGACUCUCGUCCGACCUCUUCUGCGCCUGAAGCAGCGGCUCCGCUACCUUCGGGUGUGCAAGCAUCCACCCAUCCGCCUGCUACGAGCGUCGAACCAUCCCGAGGGACGGUCAGGGCGGCAGAAGCUUCGGAUCUUCACCUCCAACAGGCUGCCGAUGAUCAGCCCGGGCACGGUGGUGGCUCCGUUUUGCCUGAGACCACAUCGACUGGAUCCAAUUCACAACCGAACACGGGCGAAUUGGUCGUGAGCGAUAGGACAUCCUUCAAGCACAGGGAUGGCAUUUAUACUCUUACCAUCUUAUCCCCUUGGGAGACUGCGCGCUCGCUGAAGGUGACCACACCCAUCACUGUGAACGACUUGCACAUCAUCUUGGGUCGAGCUCCAAACCUAGAGACCGCCCAAUUUGCAUGCAUUGUGUCGGAUGCCGGGACGACUCGGAACUGGAAAGCGAUACAUGCGGACAACCUCAAGUCGUUGGUCAUCAACGAGGUCCAAACUCCCAUUGGAGGUGUCCUGAACGACCUCACGGCCGAUGAGUUGAAGUCGCUGCAUGUUUCGUACUCUCCAGGCAUGGCACAUCAUCUUUGGCAAGAUGAACAGAGCUACUAUAGUUUCCUGCGGACUGUCAACAAGCACGAGCCUCGUGGCAUGACUACCAUCGUGUCUAACGAUCCGUGGUAUCGUGACAAUCGAGCGGAGCAUCUACGGGUCACCUUGGAAUCGGCCACGACUUCGGACUGGACAAUCUCAGUGCAAUGAUAGUGUAUCUAUUAUUCGUAGCUGCACGCGGUGAGGUGUGUCGCGACUCAUAAUGCGUCUGCAGUGGAGAUUGGCCGAUGACAUCCUUAACAACAAUAAUGUCCCUUACGAUUAUGAUUAUCGUAUACCUGGAUUAGGCGUAUGUACUGUAGGAUCCCCUGACGAACAUGCCACAUUUCUCUAGAUCUCGGAAUUCUGCUGUAUCCCGAGCGUGAAGAUCUCGCUGGUCCCGAUUGAAGGUGAUAUCAGCGUGUUGCAGAGGAUAUCCGUACGUGCGACGUGACUGUAUCAUAUCGGCGAUGAUGCCGUCAGUGGUCGUACACCUCCCAAUGGCCAGCAUCGUCAGAUGAGGCGCGAGAGGCGCGCCGUGCCCCGGAUGCAAGCGAGCGAAGAACUCAUCCCGAACGCAAGGCCCAUAGACACUCAGUGACUUGAGCGUGGACAUCUGAGGCAGCUCCAGUAGAACGACGAG